GGCUGGGGCGCGGCGUUCCGACAAGUCAGCUGUUUCUACCCUGAGCACCAAGGCGGAAGCCCGAGGGGCGCGGGGAGGAGCUUCGCGCGCCGAGUGAACGCCCGCCUUUACGUGCUCGUUCGUCUCCCGACCGCUGCGCGCGAGCCCCGUGUCCCCGCGGUGGGCGGCAGCGGCGGCCUUGGUGCAACGCGGUGGGGGUUGGAGGGAGCCCGCGGCAGCGGCUUCAGAGAAAUGGCGGAGACCGUGGCGGACACCCGCCGGCUGAUCACCAAGCCGCAGAACCUGAAUGACGCCUACGGGCCGCCCAGCAACUUCCUCGAGAUCGAUGUGAGCAACCCGCAGACUGUGGGGGUCGGCCGGGGCCGCUUCACCACCUACGAAAUCAGGGUCAAGACAAAUCUUCCUAUUUUCAAGCUGAAGGAAUCUACUGUGAGAAGAAGAUACAGUGACUUUGAAUGGCUUCGAAGUGAAUUGGAAAGAGAGAGCAAGGUUGUAGUUCCCCCACUCCCUGGAAAAGCAUUUUUGCGUCAACUUCCUUUUAGAGGAGAUGAUGGAAUAUUUGAUGACAAUUUUAUUGAGGAAAGGAAGCAAGGGCUGGAGCAGUUUAUAAACAAGGUCGCUGGUCAUCCUCUGGCACAGAAUGAACGUUGUCUUCACAUGUUUUUACAAGAUGAAAUAAUAGAUAAAAGCUAUACUCCUUCUAAAAUAAGACAUGCCUGAACUUUGGCAAGAAGAAGCAAAAAACAUGACCAUUAAUGAUUCAUAUGCACCAGUGAAGAAGUUGUAACUAACUUAGCAUGCUGCACCAAGACUGGUAUAACUUGCCUUCGGUAUACUAACACUCAUAUGCUCAGUUUUGUUUUGUUUUGGCAGUUGACAAGAAGUUAAUUUGCUUUAGUGAGAAUCCCUCAUUCCAGCCUUUCUCUAUGAAUAGCUUUUCCUUGCUGUUUUAAUGUGGCGCGCACUGUAGCCUCACGAACCGUCCCAUAUAAUCUGCAGUGUCCUGACUAAAGUUACUGACUUGGUCUUAUUCGCACAGUUUUUGUGUCAUGUUUGCUUCUUGCAUCUGAUUAACUAGAAUAUUUCUCUUUCCCUUUUUAAUGUGUGAUGUCACUUGAUCUAAUUUAUGUGUAGGAGCACUACACCAUUCGUUUCCAGUGCCGCACACAUAAGAUACACACUUGUGUGCAGAACAUAUCUUCCUUCUGGCCUGUAAUA